AUGAAAUUGGUAGUUGAGAAUUCGUGGAUUAAGCAUCUGAUCAAGGUCAUAAUUCAUGAAACGAUUCACAAUUUUAUUGAGAACAAUCCAAAAUCGUCAAUGCACAUUAUUGAGCUUAAACUUCGAAAUAAUUUAUGCAUUAUACGUAAAAUUUAUGCCGCUCUUCUUACUCAUGGAAUUCACCAUCGUGACAUUGAAGAGCUCAAAUUUGUAAAGGAGGACGACAAUGGUCGCUUACAAUCAAAGGUGCAUUACCGUUCCAGUAAAAGUACAUCAAUAAAAAGAUCGCCUUCAUUUAAUGUUGGUUUUUUGAUUAACAAAAUAUCAAUCUUCUUCACGACAACAGCAAUACUCGCUUGCUUCUACUACAGAAGCACCGAUAGGACGACUUUGCUGAUUCUGGGAGAAGCUUGUGCAAGUGUUCAUCUCUGGUGCAAACUGGUCUCGAGAAUCUCAGUAACACUUUGCCGUACAGAAAGCUUUUCAUUAGACGUAAAUACUCCUACAACUGUAAGAAAUUUGAAAUGGAAAUCAAAUGACUUCAGACAGCAUACAAAACAAGACAUAACAAGGCUGAAGGUUGGUGUUAUCAAUGCUCUGAAUAAAACUUACAACAACAAGAUGGGAAUUAUUACCCUAAACAGAGACUUAUGGCUUGUUAUACAGAUGGUGGAGGCAGUGUUAGGAAAAGAACAGAUAAGAACACUGAUGAACCCAUUUGUAUGUUAUUUAUCAUAUGUCUUGCUUAUUGCUGUUGCUUUACAAGUAGAAACCCCAACCAGCGAAGUCAUAAACCAUUACAAUGCCAUUAUCGCCUAUUAUUAUGGCAAUGCACCCCAAUGUACGGCUACUCUCAAUGCAAAGCCCCUGCGGUUUGAAAUUAGUCAUUGGAACUCAAGUAUCCAUUGUGCCAUUUCAUGUAUUCGUUUUGAUGUAAGAAAACCAUCUUCUGUUGGCUCUUAUAGUAUAAAAGAGAGUUCGCCAACAAAAAUGUUCCUUGACGAGAAAAGCAUGAAAAUGGCCAUGACCAUUUUGAAUAUGCCUGCAACCAUAAGACUUUCUGACUUACUUAUACCACCUAUAUCAACUUCAGACAAGGUUUUCAUCCAAGACUGCUUAUACGUCUGCUAUGCUUCAGGUUUUUUCACAAUCAGGCACGCCGCACAGCUGUAUACAAUUUUCAUUCAUAAUGAUUAUUACUUGCCCACAGUUCUGGGCCCAAAUUCUUCCAAAAUAUUGCUACGUUGA